UCUCGAAGCUUGAAUCUACAGCCAUAACGAUCACAGUCGACGCCGAAACCACCUUACCUACUUGUUCACCGUAUCUUCGACUUGUCCGAAUCGUCCAUACCCCGCAGAUUGGACGAUAUAAUACAGGCAAGAGACUCAUCACCUCGGUUCACACCUUCUACCUCAAUCCUCCUCGUCGAAUAUAUCAGCAUGGCGUUCGGUGGCCUCUUUGGCGGUUCCUCCUCUUCGUCAUCUUCCUCUUCCUCCUCAUCUUCAUCCUCAGAUUCCUCUUCGCCUUCUUCGUCACCAUUCGGCUCGCCUCUGCCAACCGCUGCCAGCCCCUCCGGCAGUGCCACCCUUCAAAGCAUCCAGACAGCCAUCACCCAACAAAGCGCCGUCGCUAAUGCACGGUACCUGAUCGCCAAAGUCAACGAAAACUGCUUUGACCAUUGUAUACCAAACCCUCCGGGCUCCUCGCUCUCAUCGUCCGAACACAAGUGCCUCACAGCCUGUAUGGAGAAGUACUUCGACGGUUGGAACGUGGUUCACCGUAGCUACGUGACAAGAAUGCAGAAAGAAGGUGCGUCGAUGGUCGGAAAUGCGACGGCAGGGCCGGCUGGAAAGGAGUUGUUUUAAAUAUGACGUCCCAGACAGGCGACUCCAGGGCAUUGCGUGCUGUAACCUGAUGAGGUCAACCGAUAAGUUGGUCAGUCGACUGGACUGGGAUUGGAAGCUGGGCUGGAGACGUGUGGGUGCGAAGGAAAAAAGGUGUUAGAGCAUUGCCAGUCGAGUCCAUGGCUUGAGUGCAUGUUAAGGGUCGAGGAUUUACUUGACGCCCGAGGACAGCGUCUUGGGAAUGCCAUCCACAGGCCCAAUCCCGUUCGACACUUCUCCCCACUUACACUUAGUCUGGCAAAGGUCAAACUUGUGCCCAAGCCGUCUACUCCUACCACGAUGACGGCUACCCGAGCUUGCAGCACCCAGUCAUAAUCAGGCCCUGACAGUUCUGUUUUGUUGUUCAAACAUCGAGGGAGAGGUCUUGUGACUGAGGCUUGUGACUGAGAUCGGAUGUUCUGGCAUAUGCAGGGAUAGACGAGACGGAAACCCAUGUACCAUGACUGUGCAUCUUGGAUUGAUGUCGCUCCGACGACUUGUACUAUAUUCGAGACAGAGUAACCGAAAACAACAAAAUGACAGUCUCUUCUCUAACAUUGUCGCCAG